UGAGUGCCAGUCCUCGUAGUGGGGGCAGCAGGCCAAGUUGCAUGAUGAAAAAGCAUGGAGCCUCCUGCCACGUGUACGAUCAUUAUGUCCUCCACAUUUCCAUGCUGACAUAGUUCUCGCGCCACAUUGACGUGUAGGGUUCCCAAAGGACCGAACCAAUUGGGCGAUUUUGGGCUUCAUUGAGCGACCCGACCCGAGACAAAUCCAGGUUCAUCUGAAUUCUUGCAGCUGACGGUUCGUAUAUUUCGGUGUCGGUCCGGCUUCGUCGUUUCGGGAUAUUAAUGGAGAUCGGAUAUGCGGCUCUUCCUCCACCGUACGACCUCUAAUUCCUCACCGCCUCUUCAUCGUUCGCUAUCGCCGCCGUUCCUUCUCCGCCAAGUUCUUCCGCCGCGGAAGUGGAUGAAGAAUUGGAGGAACGACGGUCGUACGACGAGCUCUGAAGCGCCGGGUUCUCCCGUCACUCCCGGUGGCAAUUCCGUAAUUCGAUCUGAUUCCGUGACCAGCUGUGGCUCUUCUUCAAAUACUUACGAUGGUUUUGUGAGUGGAAAUGGCGGAAACUCAAACGAAAACUGGCAGAUGAUAAGGGUUGGAAGUUUUUCAAUUGAUUACAAGAUUUUUGAUGUCCCAUCUGGUAUUAGAUCAACGCAACUUGUUCCCAAGUCUGCAUUAGAUCCUACUGAUAAGGCACACUGCUACUCUCUCAGUUCGUUUAUUCAUUUCAAUAAAAGGAAGUAUCGAAUCGAUUUAAGAUCAAAGCUAGUUAAUAUGGAAGAUGCUGCUACAAGUUCAAGCUCUAAGAAUAUAAGUAAACUUCCACAUGAAAGCUCAAAUAUGUCAGAUUGUCAAAGAGAUAACGAUAUAUAUUCAUCUUUACCUACAGAAUUUGGGAAAAAAAGAAAGCAUGGCCUCCCAGAAAAAUCUCAGUCCGCACCAAGAAAUAUGAAAUAUGUACCUGUUAGCAAGAACUCAUAUUGGUCUAAGGGUUCGCAGGAACCGUUUGAUAUAUGCAUGUCUCUGACCAGAAGUUCUGCACCUAAAGAUUCUUGGCAUGCAAGAAAGAUAGAAAACCUGAAUGAAGAGGAGGACAUGGUGGAAUUCGAAAAUCCAGCACACACGGAACUCACAAGUUCAAUAGUACUACUGAGGUCUGGGAUGGUAUUGUUGAAACAUUUCGUCACCCUCAGUGAACAGGUUGAAAUAGUGAAAAAAUGCCGGGAGCUCGGUUUAAGUCCUGGAGGCUUUUAUCAGCCAGGUUACCAUGAUGGAGCAAAACUUCGUCUACAGAUGAUGUGCCUUGGCUGGGACUGGGAUCCUCAGACAAGAAAGUACGGAGAUAGGCGAACAGUAGAUGGUACUCGGCCUCCUGGUAUUCCUAAGGAAUUUAGUUUGCUGGUAAAAAGAGCGAUUGAUGAGGCACAUGCCCACAUUAAAGAGGAACUCAGAGUUAGCAGAGCUGAAGAAAUACUCCCUUCAAUGACUCCUGAUAUAUGCAUUGCCAACUUUUAUACAACAACUGGCCGACUUGGUCUUCAUCAGGAUCGCGAUGAAAGCACAAAGUCUCUCCAUGACGGAUUGCCUGUGGUCUCCAUCUCUAUAGGUGAUUCAGCAGACUUCCUCUAUGGAGAUCAGAGAGAUAUUGCAAAGGCAGAGAAUGUUGUUUUGGAAUCAGGUGACGUGCUGAUAUUUGGAGGACCUUCGAGGCAUAUUUUUCAUAGCGUGACAUCCAUCCUACCGGACUCAGCCCCAAGGAGUUUGUUGGAAGCAACCAGCCUUCGUCCUGGACGUCUCAAUCUUACCUUCAGACAGUAUUAAUUAAACACCUUUCAUAUGUUACCACAGGUCUGGCAUUCUACUUACACACCUUGUUUAGUUUUCGUCAUUAUCCCCCAAUACAAUUAAUCGACUUUGCGAUUUACGCUGUGACUGCAACUUGGUGCAUUCACUGAUCUAAAAACAAUUGCUGCUAUAAACAUAUUCAAAUUUUGUAUGGUAUUAAGCUUCUUCGAGAUAUCAAGAUUCGAGGCUUCAUUCAAUCGCGUAACAUUCGAACAUAAAUCGAUUAACUAAAUGCUUAUGAAGCCUAUUUAUUAGU